GAAUGGCUGAACGAGCACGGCCGCUGGCGUCCCUACAGCCCGGCCGUGAGCCACCACAUCGAGGCGGUGGUCCGCGCCGGCCCCCGCGCCGGGGGCAGCGUGGUGCUGGGCCAGGUGGACAGCCGUCUCGCGCCCUACAUCAUUGACCUGCAGUCCAUGAACCAGUUUCGCCAGGACACCGGGACGCUCCGCCCAGUUCGCCGCAACUACUACGACCCCAGCUCGGCCCCCGGGAAGGGCGUGGUGUGGGAGUGGGAGAACGACAACGGUUCCUGGACGCCCUACGACAUGGACGUGGGCAUCACCAUCCAGCACGCCUACGAGAAGCAGCACCCCUGGAUCGACCUCACUUCCAUCGGCUUCAGCUACGUCAUUGACUUCAGCACCAUGGGCCAGAUCAACCGGCAGACCCAGCGCCAGCGCCGCGUCCGCCGGCGGCUGGAUCUCAUCUACCCCAUGGUCACCGGCACCCUGCCGAAGGCCCAGUCCUGGCCGGCCAGCCCCGGGGCGGCCGCCGCGCCCCCCGCCCCGCCCUGCUCCUGCCCGCAGUGCGUCCUGGUGAUGAGCGUCAAGGCUGCGGUGGCCAACGGCAGCGCUGGACCCCUGCACCCCUCAGCGGCCCGCAAGAACGUGGCCCCGCCGGGAGGGGCCAAGGUGCCCCCCGCGCCCGGCGCUGGGGCCAGGCCACUGGAGAGCACAGGCACCAUCCGAGGCCCGGUGAAGACGGUCCCAUCGCAGGCCGUCCGGCGACAAGCCUCGAGCGCGCUGGCCGGGGCGACGGCGGGCGCUCCUGCCAGCCCCCCCGGAGCCAACGGGAAGACCGGAAGGGUGGCCCUGGCGACCUUGAAUCGGACCAGCCUGCAGCGACUGGCCAUCGCCCAGUCCCGGGUGCUGAUCGCCUCUGGGGUCCCCACCGUCCCAGUGAAGAACCUCAGUGGGUCCAGCCCUGUCAAUCCUGCUUUGGCAGGAAUCACUGGGAUCCUCAUGAGCGCCGCGGGGCUGCCAGUGUGUCUCACCAGGCCACCAAAGCUGGUCCUCCACCCACCCCCCGUCAGCAAGAGCGAAAUAAAAUCCAUCCCAGGGGUUUCCAACACAAGCCGCAAGACCACCAAAAAACAAGCCAAGAAAGGUAAAACCCCAGAAGAAGUGCUAAAGAAGUAUCUGCAGAAAGUCCGGCACCCGCCAGACGAGGACUGCACCAUCUGCAUGGAGCGCCUCACGGCCCCCUCGGGCUACAAGGGCCCACAGCCAACGGUCAAGCCUGACCUGGUGGGCAAGCUGUCCAGAUGCGGCCACAUCUACCACAUCUACUGCCUGGUCGCCAUGUACAACAAUGGUAACAAGGAUGGGAGUUUGCAGUGUCCAACCUGUAAGACCAUUUACGGGGUGAAGACAGGUACCCAGCCUCCAGGGAAGAUGGAGUACCACCUCAUCCCCCACUCCCUGCCUGGCCACCCGGACUGCAAAACCAUCCGGAUCAUCUACAGCAUUCCGCCCGGCAUUCAGGGGCCAGAGCACCCAAAUCCUGGGAAGAGUUUCAGCGCUCGUGGCUUCCCACGACACUGUUACCUCCCGGACAGCGAGAAAGGGAGAAAGGUCCUGAAGCUGCUGCUCGUGGCCUGGGAUCGCCGCCUCAUCUUUGCCAUCGGUACGUCCAGCACCACGGGCGAGUCAGAUACCGUCAUCUGGAAUGAGGUCCAUCACAAGACAGAGUUUGGCUCUAAUCUCACUGGCCAUGGCUACCCAGAUGCCAAUUACCUGGAUAAUGUGCUGGCUGAACUGGCCGCCCAGGGCAUUUCUGAGGACAGUGCUGCCCAGGAGAAAGACUGAGUUGGCGGGGCUUUGGGGUGGGAGGGGCCGCGGGGACCACAGGGCCAGAAGUGGGGAGAGUCAAGAUGGAAGUGAGUGCCGUGCCCUCCUGGCUCCCUUGUCUCCCCUCUUGCCCUGCCUCCAUCCCCCCAUCCCUCGGCCACAGAGGGGAGCUAGAUUGAAUAAGAUGGUGUCAUUCACAAACCUCAUCCAACACCAAGGGGACAUGGGGUGAGGGCCAUCCUCGGUCUGUUCCCAUGGAGUUUUCGGUGCUGGGUAGGCAGGAAGCCCCUCGUCCCCCGAAGCAGGGGCAUGGUCAGCACACCUGGGGCGUGGGCACUCCACACCCUGGCCUUGUGAAGCUGGAGGUUCAGUGCCUCCGCUGGCUUCCUGCUGCUUCCACUCUGCUUUGAGAGCGGAGUUUCUGCUUUUCUCUCCUCCGCUGGAGGUGAGAAUCUCUCACUGUGCAAGAUAAGGGUGGGCAAAGGGGUGAACCGUGAAACUGCUGUGACAUCAGAAGUCGAUGCCUCUGUGGACAGCGAGGGAGCACUUCUUGCCAAGAGGGUCCGGGCAGCCGGGCUUCUGGGAGCAUGGUCAGCUCUCAUCACAGUCCUGGCUCCCUGGGGCCCUCCCUCUUCCUCACACCUUUGACCUGUCCAAAGAGGCAUCUGAUUCUCUUGUGUGAAUGGAUGGACUCUGGGAUUCCUCUCUGGGGCGGCAUCCCCUGAUGUUUCCAGCCCCUAUCUGAUCAGACCAGAGCCUGCAUCCACUUAGCAUCUGAACUGUCCUCAGGGAGAGGAUCCCAUAGCCUUCUUCCCAGCUCAUCCCAGACCAGCGCAAAGAUUCCAUGAGUUUCAUCAAGUCACUGUGAGUGGAGCCCAGGCUGGGCUCUGUGCCAUCUGUGUAUGUGCGUAUACAUGUGCGUACGUGUGUGUGCGUGUGCACGCCGCUGGCCCAGGUUGGUGGAGAGUCCCAUCGUGUUUUCACGCUCUGUUUUGCAAGAUGUCAAACCUCAGUUCUGAUGGGGAUGAAACAGCCAGGCUGUGGUCCCUUGACCUGCCUCACCCUUUGCCAACCCAUCCCAUUGUAAACUUGGACACAGCCAGAGACUUGGGGAGAGGUGGAAGGUGAGGGCUGGACUGACCCCUUUUUCUGCCUCUUUCAAGAUCGGCUCCGAGCCAGUCUCCAUCCAGUCUUGUUGCUACGAGGGCUUCAGUCUGUCUCCUCGAGCAUUUGCUAAUCAGAGCCUGGAGCUGGUGCUGAGCCCCCUCAUCACCUUCACUGAUCACAGGCCGACCCAGAGUGUGAGGGAGACUAGCUCAUCCCCAACAGGGGUGGGACCACAUUACGUUCCAGUCCAUCCUGCUUCUGGGUUGCAUCCCAGGACCCUGUCUGAUUCUUCUCCGACAUUCCUCUUACCUUCAUCUCCCUCUAAUGAAGGAACUGGGGGUCAGGGCGCAGAGAAGGAGGAUCAAAGAAGGGAAACCCAAGUCUCCCUUUGAAAGUGGGUUCUUUGAACUACGUGUUUGGGGGAAGUUCCUCUGGAUAUCAAUUUGAAUUUAUAUACCUCAUGUUUGGGGGGUUUGACGUAUAUAUAUAUAUAUGCAUAUAUCUAAAUAAUAUUUGGAAGGUUUUGGAUGCUAGAAAAAUGGAAACAAAAGAACUUUCCAAAAUGGUACUUAUGUUAUUCUGAGAGCCGGCUCCUGUUGGCAUUCCUGUGGCCAGUGGGUUCCCAAGUGUUACCUAGCCCCUGGAAGCAGGCUGAGCUUCCUCCUUUAACAAAUGGCCCUGGGGAUGUUGAUCAGCUAUGGCAGAGGGUGCUCUGGCAGGAGGAAUUGUUCCUGUAGUAUUGGUUCCGGCCACUUCUACCAGACGGCAGCCAUUUAACUCACCAGCAGACCAGGAGGUUAGACUGAGUGUUCACCGCACUAGGGGUCAGUUUCCUGCCACAGUCAGGAAGGAAACACCCGAACUCAGUGGAAGAGACAUCCCUGCUGUGUUUAAUGCCAAGCCCAUGCCCUCUGCCAGGCUACCAUGUGCCAGAGAUGCUGGAGAGCCCCUCUGUAAGCUUGGUACCAUCCCCACCUUCACUCAGCAUCCUCGCCAAGGACCCACUGGCCUCCUCACUCACAGGAGAUAAGGAAACAGAUUGAAGGUCAGUGGAUAGACACAGAGCUGUGCAGUAGGAGGUGGGGAAAGGAAGGAGAAUGCCUUGACAACUGGCAGUGGGCAAUGGGGAGAGACUGGUUUCCCCGCUGCAGGCAGAAGAAGGUGUGGGUGGAGAAGAGAUCUGCCAAGAGCAGAAGGAAGAGGACGCAGGGAAUGCGUCGGGCAAGCAUUGUGCCGGGGGCAGUACCACUUUGAGAGUUAGUCUUCAUACCUUCAAGCCUUUCCCCCUAGGAUGCUGGUAGUAUCGGUGCCCCGUGUCUCUUCCUCUCUGAGGAUGCUCGGUAGGGGCUGCCUCAUCCUCAUGCUGCUCUUCUUGGGGGUAGGACCUUCUGGGCAGAAUGGGAUCUUGGAUUUCCUUUCUAACACUGUGCCAGGCAAGGCGGGGGGCAUUCCUUCGCUCGCUCGCUCUCUCAUGCCAGCCUGGAAAGGUAGUCUCGGGUUCGGUGAGAACCCUACCAGCAGAGGCUCUGUGCAUCCCCCACUCUGACACGGGAUGCUCUCCCACCGGAAGCCCUGCUGUGUUCCCCGCCCAUGCAGGGACGCCCAUGCCUUUCCUUUCAUCGUCUUAAGCACCAGCAGCCUAGUUCCCCUUUCCUGAGUCUCCAGGGGUGACACGUGGGAUUGGAGACAAACCUUGUUAUAGGCUCAUCCCUGAAAAGAUGAACUGUGUAUGUGUAGUUGCAUGUGCCUUUGUGUUUUCAUCCCCCCACCCCUUCCCCCUUUUGUAAAACUUGUACUUCUCUGUGGUUUUAUACUUGGUCGAAAGUACUCGUCCUGGUAUUGCACUGUUUGGGCAUGAAAGGAUUGGAGGAAGGUCCCGUGUGGUACAAGAAAGGGCCUUGUCCUCUUUGCUUGUCUGUGGUCACUGGCAUUUGAUGGGGAGCGGGGAGGGGUUGGUUCUGGGAGAGGGCAGGUGAAUGUCCUAAUGUGAAUCUUUGUAACUGGUGUGUUUUGAGGUCCUUGCUGUGGCUCUGUGGGAGGACAUCGCCACCUGGUGCUCAUGAGGUGUAUGUGCAGAACAAUAAAUGGCAAAUGAACAACCACAAA